AUGACAAGACAGGAAAAUGAGAGGCAUUACCAAGGGACUAAUUUGAGGAUCCUGGAGAGGCUCUCCAACUUGGAAAACGUUGGGAACCGCUGCUCCCUUGCCCUAAUUUCCGAGUCCUCCCAGUCCUUGUCUCUCCUACAGAACUUCCCUAACCGCCUCCUUUUCUUCCUUUCUAAUUUAGUCCUCAGCUCUACCGUGGUGCAGUGGGAAGAGUCGGAGUGCUCUGUUGUUGACUACAACUUCCAUCAUGCCCCUUCGCGCCGUGCCAGGGUCCUGAGACUACGUUUCCCGGCAUGCACGACGAGUGUAAGCGCGGUCCCUCCCUCUCUCCCUCCACGUCGAUUGGUCGCUGUGGCGGCGCGCGGCAGGGGUGGAGCUAGCCCUUCACCUUCACGCCACUCGAUUGUCAUGGCUGCCCCUCUUGGAAUUCACUUGUCUUGCCGGAGGCUCACGAGGACAGUCUUUAGGACCCCAUACCGGACCCUAUGGGGCCAGGACAGAAAGAAGCAGGAAGAGAUAAUGGUGCCUGAGAAUGCAGUAGAGAUGAAAGAUGAACCUAUUCUGGAAUGUCCACCACCACGAAGUCGAAAAUACAUUCCUCCUGAGGAUCUCCAGAGUCGUUUAGAGUCUCAUGUCAGGGAAGUUUUUGGUACAUCCCUCAACAAUGAUUGGCAAGAAACCAGCCUGGAAAAGAGUCAACUAAAGUUUUUUCUCUUAGCACAACUAGCUGAAGAGUUUGGCCAUGUGGUACCCAACUCUAGGCUUCAUCAAAUGCGCAGUGUUAAGGAUGUUGCUCAUUUCUAUAGCAUCCCUGUGCAGGAUGGAACAAAAUUUGAUGAAAUUAGCGCUAGGCAAUUGCCUUCCAACUUGAAAAUCAGCUGGGAUUACUGAAGCAAAUUGAAUUUUAAUUUUAUUUUUUUCCCUAAAGGAGAGAGACUUCUCAUCAACUUUUUAAAAACUUAACAUCAUGUGAAAUUUUUCUGCUAGAGCUCUUAUUCCCAGGAAGAACAUUUUUGAUUUACAAGUGAAUUCAUGUGUUAAAAAAGAGAGCAUGGAAGGAAGUUUUACUUUCUCUCCUGCUAGAACAAUUUUCUUUCCCUGUACUUUAUGGACUCAGAUGAUUUAUGUUCUGCCCUAAAUAUGGGUUUGUUUAAUAAAUACGUCUUGAAUUGAAUUGA